AAUUAAAUUUUCAGUUUUUACCAUAGUUUAUUUAAAAUAUGCCUAGAAAAAAAUCGGCAGCAAUUUCAAAUCGCGCACCUAAUGAGAGUAUUGAUACAACAGAAUGUCUGACAGGAGAAAAACGUGAAGUGAAUAGUGAUUGUGCAAAACGAAAAGGCAGGCGAGGACGUCCUCGUAAAGUAAGGACUGAUGAGUUGCCACCGGAAAAAUCUUCAGAACCGGAUCAGUUGGACGCAAUUGAGAAGCAAACCCACGACAAUGGAUAUCAAUCACAAACAGAUUCAUCCUGUGCUAAGCAAAACGAUGAGAAUCAGCAAAAAGCCGGUCGUCGAAAGAACACCACUAAAUCGGACGUAUCGUGCGAGAUUUGCGGUAAAUCGUUCAAAUUUCGAGCCACCCUGAAGCAGCACGAACAGAUUCACUACGGCAUCAAAGAGUUCGAGUGUACCGUUUGCGGGAGGCGCUUCAUGCACAAGGGAACCCUCAAGGUUCACCUGCGGUUGCACACCGGUGAAAUGCCGUACAAAUGUCCGUACUGUCCGAAACGGUACCGUGGUCAAACGGCACUGGAUUGUCACGUUUUUCGACACACCAAACAGGGCACCAAGUGCCCGCAGUGUUCGUCCGUCUUCGCUACCCCAUCGAUCGUUAAGCAACACAUCCGAGAGGUUCACACGACGGAACGGUCGCACACUUGCCAGAUCUGCGGCGUAACCUACAAGCACCGGAAGAGUUUGCGGUUGCACCUACGAAAUCAUCAGAAGAGAAAUUGUCCCGACUGUGGGAAGGUUUUCUCCAGUGUCUAUGCCAUGAUGACGCAUCGCAAGAUUCACGCGCAGGACCACUUUCGGUUCAAGUGCGCCUAUUGUGAGCGUAAGUUUGAGAAGGAAGAUGAACUGCAAUCGCACGCGAAGCUUCGCGGCAGAGGAUUUCAGUGCGAUAUGUGCUGUCAUAGUUUUAAUAAAAAGGACUAUCUGGACAAUCAUCAUCGGAGGAACCACUGGAAGGAGCUGGGUUUAGAACAGUUAAAGGUGGCUGCACCCAAGAAUGGCUGGAACAGGAAGGGGGUACCGAAGCCGAAGAAAUGUAUUUCCAUACCGGUCAGCUCGGCAGACGUUGUUACGGCUGAACAACAAACUUGCAAUAUCAGUAAUGAACUUGAAAGUUUUAGCUCUUCAGCAGUUUAUCAGCCCGUUAUGGAAAAUGAAAAUGUGCCAUCGAACAACGAAAUAGUUACGACCACAAUAAUUACGAAGAUUGAACCCUUCGAUAAGUGCUUUGCACCUCAAGCCGAGUCAAAUGUUAUCAUAUCUUCGACCGUCGAAAAGUUGGACCAUCAGCAGGACGUUGAGUUUGACCAUGAUUAUGCUGGCAACGAUUUUGGUGCAGCUGCUGCGUACAGUGAUGAUGAUAACAACUGUUUGGAGUUGGAAGAAGCACGCUUAGAAACUGCUAGCGUCAAGUCGGAAACGGAAGUGGAGCAGCUUAAGGUCGAGGCGCUAGAAUUUGGUGAAAAAGAAACUGUCGUGCAUGGUUGUGACGAUAAUGUUGUACUUAAAAGUGAGGAUCUGGAGGAAACUCAGGAACAGGAUCAGUUUGGUAGCGAAGAUGAGAUUCCGUUGGCGUCUUUGGCGUCGAAGCGACGAAUGUGCAAAAAAGUGAAGACUGAAAAGAACACCGAUUUUAUAAAUUGCUCCAUAACGAAAUACAGCGAUACAAAUCUAGAUUCAAAGGAGAAUGCAGAUGAAGAAAACAUACCUUUAUCGCGAAGGAAAACAAAACCCAACAAACAUCGCAGGCGACGUUUAAACACAGUUACUGAAACAAGCAACCAAAACGAUGCGAAACCAAUCAUCAAGCAAGGCCUAUUUUGUCCUUAUUGCGGGAAAUCGUUCGAAGGUCGUACGGCUCUGAAGACUCAUAAGAUCGAAGAACAUCCGGAUAGGAAACCAAACAAGGGGCCUUUCUGUUGUGAAAUUUGUGGCAAAUCAUACGCCACGGUGUCCUCAAUGGUCGUUCACCGGGGCAGUCACGCCGAAUACCAACGGUUCAAGUGCGACGAGUGUCCGAAAGCCUUCACCUAUCGAUGCUUUCUGGAGAAUCACAAACGAGCGGAGCACCUGCACGAGCGGCUAAUCUGCCCGCUCUGCGGCAAGCAAUUCAAAUACAGCCAAGAUCUGAAAGUGCACACCAAACAGCACGCGGAAGAUAAACCCUUCAAGUGCGACCAGUGUCCGUCGGUGUUCCGCUACCCGAGCGCGCUGCGCUGUCACAAGGCACUGCACGUAAAAACCGUGUUCACGUGCGACGUCUGCCAGAAGGUAUUCAAAUACGAUAACAGUUUGCGGGUCCACAAGCGGUUGCACACCGGCGUCAAACGGUUCCAGUGCGAGAUUUGCAACCGCGAGUUCCACACGAAGGCACCGCUGGUGCGACAUCUCGCCACGCACUCGGUCGAACGGGAGAUGAAGUGCGUUGUUUGUGAUAAAAUUUUCUACAAAAAAAUCGAACUAACUAUUCAUCAGACUAAGGAGCAUCCGAACAAUCCGAUCAUCGGAGCGACGGUGAAGAUCCACACCUGUCAGGUGUGUGGACAGGAGUUUACCAAGAAGAGUAAUCUGAAAUCACACUCCUACAUUCACGGUGAUGUGUAUAAGUAUAAAUGUGACCUCUGCGAGGAUCAGAAGUUUAAGCAACAUGCUGGUUUGAGGCAUCACCUGAUACAUUUCCAUAAGCUGGAGGUACGAAAACGGAAACCAAAAGAGCAACAGCAAGCGGAAGCUUGCACGGUGGAUGGAACUUUGGCAGCCCCCAUUUGCGUUAUGCACAAUGGGGUAGAAUUUCUAGUACAACAGAUUCAAUGCGAAUAAAGUUAU